CCAAGACUCAGUUUCACAAACUCACAAGACAUUUCACAACAAGGAGAGGGAAGAUCAGAAACAAUGGCUGUGUUAGCUUCCCUGCUGCUGUGCGGGUUGAUGUGUGUCUCUGUAAAGGUGGAAGCAAUGACCCAAACUGUUGGUGAUCAGCUGAGACCACAUGCAAUCGCUUUUACGGGGCCUCUGAACUGUAACAAGUGGGACUGUAACUGUACUUUCACUCGCCAGCGUGGCUGUUGUUGUGCAGCCAACGACAUGUAUGAACUUGAGAAUGAAACUUUCAUGAGGAUGAAAUAUCUAUGGCAUCAGAUCGAAGAACUGGCAGGACACGUUGAGCAUUGUACAGCUGCCAAAAAGAUCGCCUUCAAAGCAACAAUAAACCCAGAUAUUGCCGUUAUGAUCCCUGGAACUACUGAUCAUUGCUUCGGUCCUUUCAAUAGUAACGUUCCUAUCCCCUACGGCAUCGUGGCUCUGAACCAUGGGAAUGGGUAUAACCCCUCCCUUGGUAUCUUCACUGCCCCUCGAGGUGGUGUUUAUGUCUUUUCCUUCACAGUCUAUUCAUCUGUAUCUGAUGGUCAACGCCUCUACCACAAAGUCCAGCUGAUGAAGGAUGGGGACUUAGUAAGUGGCGUGUGGGAGAAUAAUAGAGAGGAUUCAGAGGAUAGUGCCACUCAGCGUGUGAUAUUGGAGAUGGAGGCAGGCUGUCAGGUCUACUUGGAGCUGGUUUCUGGGAGGAAGCUGUGUUCAAGCCUGGAACUGAACAUCUUUACUGGUUACAUGUUGUACCCAUUAUACAACAGCGACUAAAAUAUCCUUAAACUUCUGUUUUUGAUAGAAGCAUUUUCAGAAUUUGGAACCUAGAAAAAAAAUAUUUCUUUGGAUAUUUUGCAUGUUAGCACUGUGACUUUUGGCCGUAUUUGUUACUUAACCUGCAGUUUAAAAUUUCCAAAUAUGUGACCAAAAUAUGCACCUAAACCUUGUGAAUAGAAAGUUCUUUACCUGCUCAAAAGAAAAAAAGCAAUGUGAAUAUUUAGAAUUCCAAACUCUGAGGAUGAUUAACAUUUGCUGUAAUAAAAGAAUCCACUGAUCAAAAAACUCUAAAUGUUUCUCUUUUUCCAUGGAUUCAGAGGUGUAAUGAGACUUGGAUCUCAGUCUCUUAUUGAUAACUAAGUACAGUACAAUAAACCUACUCUCAGCAUUAACAUAUCAACUAUGACAAUUGUAAGUCCUUCCUAACCCUUUCCUUGCAGCCCAUUUUCACUAAAUGUUUGACUAUCUUUAAUAAAGAGGGAAAUGCAUUGUCU